AUCAAUGGUAAUGGCGACCCUUGCUUUUAAUAUACCAGUGAAAGUUUCUUCAUAUCUUACCGGAAAUAAACAUCUUGAUGCCUUUAAAGUUAGUUUGAUGGAGACAUGAAAGAAUCUGUCCUAGUUUCUUCAUUUCAGUUAUAUAUUUUCGUGUCCUACUGCGGUGUUCUGAUCCAUAUGUUUAUGUGGACCAACAAAUACAGUGAUGGAAAUGAACUGGCUAAAUCUUAUUAAUCUCCACAUCAGCUGAGUUGUAGAAUUCACUGUAUUGUUCAAGUUGCAGCCUUCUCCAAUAUGAAUUUAUGCUACUUCCUCUUAGAUUUGUUCCUUUCCUACUAGUUUCAAGUAUGAAUUUGAAUCAGGGUCGUCAUUGUUCUGAAAUUAAUAGACCGAAGUCUAAUCCUUCUUUUAAAGGGCUGAGACUUUCCCAUCAAUGAUGACUGUAUAAGUUUCUAUGGAUUUUUUUGACUUGUAAUAAAUGGAAUUCUAUUUCCAUAUCUUGUGCUCAAGAUUUCCCUACUUCUAGUUAUGAAAUCUUUGAUAUUCUUGACGGCUGAUCCUAUCACUCCAGUUGGCUAAAUAAAAUGCUUUCUGGUAAUGUUUUGUGUGUGGUGUAUCUUAUUGAUUCUAACUGCAAAAUGGUUUUACAUAGAUUGAAGGACACGUCUUUAGAUUUAUCAUUACACAUUAAGUGAUACCAUAUGCAACUUCAUUUGCGGAAAAGAGGAUCAAGCAAAUCAUCGGCCCAUUUUCCUUAUCCAAACAACUAUCUCAAGGAACUUGCCUUUUCUAUCCAUUUACUUGUGUCUUCCAAUUUGUUUUGAUUAAACAAUUCAAUCCACCACCCGUUCACCAGCCUUUAUAAAUACAUUCGUUUAUGCAAAGUCACCAUAUCAAAGCCUAAGCAACCAUACAACCUUACUUCCGCAGCUUCUUGUUCCUUGCUCUUCUACAAGCCUUUGGCUUUUCUCUUUUCCUCCUUUUGUGAGUAUAACUGCUGCCAUUUUACUUAUCUUUGAAUAUUUGGCAUAAAAAUCUUUGGAAGGAAGAAGAGCGAUUGAAUAUUGAUGGAUAGAUUGAGAAAUUUGGCAUCACAGAAAGCAGUAGUGAUUUUUUCCAAGAGAUCAUGCUACAUAUGCCAUAGCAUUCAGACACUUUUUUAUGAGCUUGGUGCGAGCCCUGCAGUUCACGAGCUUGAUCAUGAAGCAAAUGGGCGAGAAGUCGAUCGGGCUCUUAAAAGUCUAGGGUGCAACCCCUCUGUUCCAGCUGUGUUCAUAGGAGGAAAGUUUAUAGGCUCAGCAAAAGAUGUUAUUUCUCUCCAUGUUAACGGGGAUCUGAAACAAAUGCUGAUAGAUGCGAAGGCCAUCUGGUUGUAAUGCUACAAAAAGCAAAACCUGAGGGCUCUGUCUUUGUUUCCUUUUGUAGUUUUUCCUCCCUACCUUUAUUUUGGUGAAAGGGCUCGUACAAACUGUUGUAAGAAGGCUCUGAUAGAUAUUCAGUUUGCUUACCGAAUGCCAGGAUAACUUUAUAAAAUGAAGCCAUAAUCACCGUGCAA